UCUCUCCUCGUUUAUACUAGUGCUGGAGCUCUUGUGAGACACACGCGCGCUCAGAACAGGUUCCUUUGUUUAUCACGAGGGAAAGAAAGAACAAACCCAAUUCGCCAUGACGCGGGCGUUGGUAGUGCUGUUGGUGUGGGCGUGUGCGAGCAUGGUGGGCGGCGACUACAGCUCGCAGCCAAAGCCCUCGUUCGUCAUUCGGCCGGCGGGGCCCAGCAGGCAGCACGCAUGGGUGGGCUACGGCUACACUGAUCACCUCCCGCUCUCAAUCCCCAAGCCUUAUUUCAUUCCCAAGUGGGUGCCUCACAUGGACCCGACCUACACCGCCUUCUGGGUAGCCCAAACCCCCGCUCCCCCCAGGGGGCACGGCGCCCACGGCGGGCACGGUGGGCACAAGGCCGCAGCCCCCGCGGGUUCCAUCCCCUCAGGCUUUGGUCCACCCAAGGGCAACUCCGUCGUCGCUGCAACCCACGACAGUUACUCCUCCCCAUCUAAGCAGCACGCCUCCUCGGGCGGGUCCUUCAAGGCGACACCGCACUCUGCUCCCAAAGCCCAGGCGCCCCUGCUCACGGCCCCCAUUCCCCCUGCUCCUCUUCCCCUCGCCAGCACAGAGGACCCUCUGGCGACCUUUGCACCCGCGCCUCUUGGCUCUCCUUCUUUAAUCCGGGGUUCCCGCCCCGCUCCACAGCUCUCUAACCCGCCCGUGCCCGUUGCCCUUAGUGGGGCCUCUAACGUUGUAGUCUCGGAUGGCGGUGCAGGGGAAUCCUCUUAUUCCCAGCUCUGAUGCUUGCUUGCUAACCUUCCAUUUCGUCCCCUGUAAAUAAAUCCCACCUGUGCUUUCAGCUGAUCUGACAAUGUUCUUAGAAAAGUGUUAGCCAUUAGAUGUUAGCAAAUGCUUAACUAACCUGCCUCUUGCAUUUAGUCGGCUAUCCUCUUAAUCUUACUACGCUAUACCAACUAACUCUAACCCCUUCUCGAUUCCAGGUGACCCUUUUGCUGGUCUGUUCCCUACUAACCAUGGACAUAACUCUGGCGAGCUACGGUAGCAACCUUCUCAACUUCAUCAUCCGUCCGGCGGGUCGCAGUAGGUCCUUCAAGUGGCUGGGACGCGGAAAUACUGAUAAUAUUCCCUUGUUCGUCCCGCGCCCUCCUUUCAUUCCCCGUUGGAUACCCAAAGAGAGGCCAGAAUACGUAGCAAAGUGGGUGCCCACCACUCCCCCUCCACAGGCCAAUCGCCCUCCAGUUCACCAGUCUGGCUUUGGGGCGCCUAAGCCAAAUUCGGUGGUGAACUCACAGGGACCUUCUGUAGGGUACAACC